GGGGGGCGCCGCCGGCCCCGCUCCUGCCGCCGCUGCCGCCAUGGAGGCGCCGCCGCCCGAGCAGCCCCCGGCCGAGCAGCCCCCGCCGGACCCGGCGGAUGGGGAGUCCUCGGCUGAGCCCGGCCCCGAGUGGAGCAUCCCGCCCAACGCCCCCGCCUGCAUGGAGCGGCAGCUGGAGCGCGCACACUACCGCGCAGACGGGGCCUUGCUGCUGGGCGCCUCGGCGCUGAGCGGGCGCUGCUGGACCGGCUCCAUCUGGGUGUUCGCCGACCCCCGCCGCGCACCCAGCGAGGGCUUCUGCACCGCCGGCGUCCAGACCGAGGCGGGCGUCGCUGACCUGUGCUGGGUGGCUGACAGGGGCAUCCUGGUGGCCUCUGACACCGGCGCCGUGGAGCUGUGGGAGCUGGACGAGAAGGAGACGCUGAUCGUGAACAAGUUCUGUAAAUACGAGCACGACGACAUCACGAUGGCCGUGGCCGUCCUGGCGGGCAGCACGCAGGCUGUCAGCGGCAGCAGGGACUUCUGCGUGAAGGUCUGGGACCUGCCGCAGGAAACGGUGCUGCACUCCUACAAAGCUCAUGCUGGUGCAGUGACAAGUGUGGCUUCCUGUCCUGGUAAGGAGACCAUGUUCCUGUCCUGUGCUGAGGACAGCAGAACUUUGCUGUGGGACACCAGAUGCCCCAAGCCAGCUACUCGAAUUGUUUGCAGUGCCUGUAAUUACCUCCCUACCUCAGUCAUGUGGCAUCCACAGAAAAGUGACAUCUUUGCUUUGGGUGAUGAAAGUGGAACGGUUGCCCUGGUGGACACAAAGAAUCCUGAUGCUGCCCUCAGCUCCUCUGUGCACAUCCGAAGUGUCACAGGGUUUGCAUUUUCUGCACAUAGCUCACCCUUACUGGCUACAAUCAGUGAAGACUGUUCCGUAGCUGUUCUCGACUCCGACCUCUCCGAGGUGUUCAGGAGCCGUUCCCACCGAGACUUUGUCAAAGGCUUGUCGUGGUCCCCUUCAGACGAUGCCUUGCUCACCACAGUUGGAUGGGAUCAUCAGGUUUUACAUCACACUAUUCCCAUACCAACAGGUGAAGCUUCUGGAGUCAACUGUGUAAAAGAGUAGUUUCAUAAACUCGUGGUCCAGAUUCCUUCCUGGCAUAGGUUUGAUUCUGCUGAAGUCAGAGGUGUGUGAACUGGAGCAGGUGUGGUCUGUUGGCUGCCUUGAAGCUUGUGACUAAGGAGGAUCCCAUAGUAAUUUUGAGAUAGGCAUAAGUACAAACCAAGCUUUACCCUCUCCUCAAGAGCUGGUGGCACCUGUGAUAAGACUUCAGUAUUUUACCCAGUAAAACAAAUUGGCUUCAGGCACAGAGGAGACUUGGAGAGGCAGGGAAUUAGAUAUCAGCAUCAAAAGGACUCAGUCGCUCCCUCAGUUCUCCAUCCAUUAGUAGAAACAUAGGGGGAAGGAGGUUAAGAGCACCACCUCUUGUUGGAUGUGAGAGCCUCACCUUUGCUGUGCAAACCAGUUCCAACAGAGGAGGAGGAGGAGGAGGAUGUGUUGGCAGUUCAAGACCUGAAAGGUUCCACCACUGUCCUCGGUGCAGCAUGUGGUUGAGAGGGUUGAUCCUCAGCAUCUGGUGUGCAUCCUGUGGUGAGCACUGGUUACUCACUGGUAGCAGAACAGCAGUGCCUGGUGUGGAGCUCUGUGUGCUGGGUGAUCAGGAUCCCAGCUGUAGCCCUGUGAUCAGACAGCUCCCUGGCAGUGCACUACCUGCUGAACACUAGGAGCUGUGAUGCCCCAGCAUGGACUUAGCAGCUGAGGCCAGCUCAAAGAGGCUGUUGCUGUAGCCUGCUGAAAGCCAAGAGAACUUAGCAGCUGUGCUGUUGGACGUUGUGUUUCAUCUCCUCUGUGCUGAAGACAACUCAUUCAGAGUUAAAAACCUUUGAACAGAAGCUUGUGUAAAGGGAAAAACUGGACUAAGGACUUCAGUUUCCAUGUGCUUGCUCCCACAAACACUUUGCUUAGUGAUAAAUGAGACUUUACUUAAGCACUUGUGAUGAGUGACUUCUUGUGCCAGCGACUGAGGGGACCAAGCCUCCCCCCCCCCCACCAGGCUCCACAUGCUCCUUAGAGGUGUUUUUUGUAGUGUAGCACAUAACUUUUCAAGCUAAACUGUUUCUCUGAAACAUUGAAUUUAGGAAGAGAGCUUGCAUGCAUUGCCACUGCUCUAGAAACAGCUUGGUCUGCCCUAACUUUGCCUAGUCAGGAUAAAGCAGGCCCCAAGCAGCCACACAGAAAUGCCAUUGACAUGAUUGCUCCUGUCUUUAGCACCACAGCAGCACUAAAUGCACCACUUCCACUGGACCUAUCCCUGCAGAAAGAUGGGAUUGUGUAGAGCCUGCACUUAAGUUUCAGACAGGCUGAGCUUUCCCAGCUUUGUACUUUCCUCAUGCUCUUUAAACCUGGUGUGCUGCUUUCUGACUCUCCUUGUCCUGCAGGUGCUUACCAAGCAAGCUGCUGAUCUAGAGCAGGGCAGCACAAGGAAAAAGGCCAAAAACAUGAACAAAAAACCUGACAUGAUUCCUCAAAAGUACCUUUGGAAGAGCCCUCUGAUGGUGUACUGAGAACUGAAGCAGGUCUUGUGUUGUCUGUGGAAGAGUUGUCUUGGGGAAAGUGUGAGGCAGUUCUUAAAUGAGUUUUUACUUGUUGGGUGCCAGCUUCACCAGGCCACUUCUGUGGUGGUUGAGGAGGCAGCUGAGGUCGUGCCUACAGCCAAAGUGAAGCUGUGAUUUCAGUCUCUUGAAAUGAAAACUGUUCUUCAAUAAACAUGCACUGUAUGACUGCUCA